AUGCCCAUCGCAGAGGAUCUUGCCAUGUACUACGUCCAUUGUGACGACCAUCCCUUCGACGGACUGACUAUUUGUGACUGCGAGCGCCAUCCGUACGCACAGAUGUCGGAUUUGUGCAAGGACAUAGACUUCCAAGAAUGGGCGCUUGACGUGUACCUGCUCGACAACUACGGCAUCGAGAUGCGGACCAACCCGACCAUGUCGAGAGCAUCGGACGCAUCCUUUCAACUCAACACCAAGCACGUCAUCAAGCAACUUCCGGCGGAGGUUAACUUACACAAGGAGGCAGGAGGGAAGAAAGAAAUCAAGAUCAAACACCUCGAGCACAAGGUCGAUUCAUUGGAGCGGGAGAAGGGCGCGAUGCAAGCGGCGUUGGAGGUGAAGGACGAGGCACUCGUGGGACUGUAG